AUGUCUACCCUUUGUCGUGGUUGGAAUUACUUUUCAAACCACUCCUCUGAUGAAGAUGGAAGAAUCAUUGUUGUCUGGAAGGACCCUGUAAAAGUCACCAUUUUGAACCAAUCGAGGCAGCAGGUUACAUGUGAAGUCCGUUUCCCUUAUAUCGCUCCUUUCAUUUACACAUCGAUCUAUGCUUCAAAUGAAAGAGUUGAAAGGACUGGCUUAUGGGUGGAGCUUCUCCAACUAUACCAAAUGCUAAACCUCUCAAACAUUCCCUGGAUACUCGGUGGUGAUUUUAACGAGAUCACCCACCACUCUGAACACUCCCUCUCUGUAGUUCACUCCACUACCCCUCAGAUGGCAGAGUUCAGAGACACACUUCACCAAAUGGGGAUGUUUGAUCUUCGUUUUCAAGGCCCCCUUUUUACUUGGACCAACCAUCAACCUGAAAGCCCAAUAGCAAAGAAACUUGAUCGCCUACUCGUUAACUCACAAGCUAUCUCUCUCUUUCCCAACAGCAUAGCAACCUUUCACCCACCUGAAAUGUCUGAUCACUGCCCCUGUCUCCUAGACCUAGCUCACCCCCUACCACUAGCCGGAACCAAACCUUUCAGUUGGUUUUUGAGGCAUGGAAUCAGGCCGGAAGCAUGGCUUUUACCCUUACAAAUCUCUGUUGGAAGCAAAAAAGUACAGGCACUGCAACAUCCUUCCACUCACCUGUUUGAAGAAGAACGACAGCUCAAUCAAAAAUGGCUCUUCCUAAGGCAAAUUGAGGAAUGUUACUUCAGACAAAAAUCAAGAGUAAAUUGGUUACAUGAAGGAGAUCAGAACACAGCUUACUUCUUUCGGAUUUUCCAGACGAGAACGAGCUACAACACCAUCAGAUCAUUCAUGCUCUCCUCUGGCGUCCUGCUGACUGACCCCUACUUGAUGAGUUUACACGCCAUCUCUCACUUCCAAAACCUCCUUGGACCAGACUCCUUAUCAUCGCCAAGCCAUCAAUCUCCUCCUCAAUGGUUUGCUCAACUAAUAGAGUUCUGCCCAACUGAGUUGCAAGUAUCUGCAAUGAUCACCAUACCCUCGGCUGUGGAGAUCCAGAAGAUAUUGUUUAAGCUAAACCCGAACAAGUCUCCAGGUCCUGAUGGAUUUACAUCGGCUUUUUACAAAUCUUCCUGGAGUUUCCUUGGAGUGGAAGUGCUUACUGCGAUCACUCAUUUCUUCCAGCAAUCUUUUCUUCCUGCCUCUGCCAACUCAACCAUCCUUGCGCUUGUCCCAAAACGCCCGGGAGCCUCCUCUGUCACAGAUUACCGUCCAAUAAGUUGUCUAAACACUCUCUAUAAAGUCAUUGCAAAAUUGCUAGUGAGAAAAAUCAAACCUAUUUUGCCUGCGCUGAUUGUUCCUAAUCAAACGGCUUUUGUGAAAGACAGAUUGAUUAUGGAGAACACGGUGUUGGCUGGAGAGCUUGUCAAUGGGUAUCACAAGAAAAAAGGGCCGAAAAGAAUUACUAUAAAGGUUGAUAUCGCCAAGGCCUUUGACACGCUCUCUUGGGACUUCCUUUUCAACUGCCUUGAAGGAAUUCAGCUACCACCUAUCCUCACUGAAUGGCUUCGUGCGUGCAUAUGUACUCCAAAUUUCACUAUCGGUUACAAUGGACGAGUGCAUGGUUAUUUCAAAGGGAAGAGGGGCUUAAGGCAGGGGGACCCUUUGUCCCCGUAUCUGUUUGUCAUUGCAAUGAACGUCCUCUCGCUGAUGCUAAAUAAGGCGGCAGCAGACCUGAAGAUAAAAUAUCACCACAAAUGCAGCAAAUCAAAACUCACUCAUCUAGCUUUUGCAGACGAUCUGCUGAUAUUUAUGGAUGGCUCGCUAAGCUCAGUGCAGAAUGUCUUACAGGUUCUCAAGGAAUUCGAGUUGAGAUCAGGACUGGCAGUCAGUGUUCAAAAAUCUUCUUUCUAUGCUUCGGGACUAUCACAAGAGGAGGUUGAUGCUAUCCAAGUCUCUACGGGAAUGCCCAAUGGGACCCUUCCUGUUCGUUACCUUGGAGUACCUCUCUGCACAAAAAAGCUGACGGCGGAAAACUGUGAGGUCUUAAUCCAACAAAUUAAAGCAAAGUUUACUUCAUGGAGUGUCAAGACUCUCUCUUUUGCUGGUAGGCUACUCUUAAUAAAAACGGUGGUGGCGGGUGUAAACAACUUUUGGUGCUCUACUUUCCUACUCCCUAAAGCCUGUGUGACAAGAAUAAAUUCUCUCUGCGGCUUAUUCUUAUGGAAAGGACGACUAGAUGUGCAUCACUCAGCAAAGGUCUCGUGGGAGGUGGUGACUAAGGAAAAAGCUAGUGGAGGAUUGGGAGUGAAGGAUCUAGUUACUUGGAACAAGGCUUGCUGUUUAAAACUAAUUUGGUUGUUGUUCUUUCAAGCAGGAUCGAUAUGGGUUGGAUGGUUCAAGACUGAGGUUUUAAAAGGUUCCCUAUCUAACUUCUGGACUAUGAAAGCGACAACAACAAACUCUUGGUUGGCUAACAAGCUAUUCAAGUUGAGAGAUGAAGUCUUUACCUGGAUAAAGAUGAAAGUGGGAAAUGGUGAAUCCUGUAGAUUCUGGUCGGACAACUGGUCCCCCUUUGGGAAGCUCUCGCAAUUUAUACUGACCGAUCAAACUUCUCGUAUGGGCAUUGAUGCAAACUCCACUGUUUCAGACCUCUUUAUUGAUGGGAGAUGGAUGAUUCCCCCGGCGCGGUCAGAGAAAAUGGUACAACUCCACAUCUUUUUCACUACAUUUGCUCUUACUGAUACAGAAGAUUGCUAUGAAUGGGUGAUUGAUGACAAGCCGAAAUCAAGAUUUAACACUAGUCAGGUUUAUAAGAAACUAAGGGGUCAGGAAGCAACAGUACCAUGGGCUCAAAGCGUUUGGAUUACAGGAGGCAUCCCUCGACAUAGUUUUCUCACUUGGCUGUUCGUCUUGAAUCGAUGCCCUACCAGAGACCGCCUCCGGAGCUGGGGUCUCCAGACGGAUGUUGUUUGCCUGCUCUGCAACCAGGAGCCUGAAACUAGAGAUCACUUAUACUUUCACUGCCCCUUCAGCUUUGCAAUAUGGGAGGAAAUUGGGAGGAGAUGUGACCUGCAACCGCUCCAGAACUGGGAUCAGACCAUGAUUCAAAUGCAAUCUCUUCAAGGAAACAAAUACAAGAAACGACUUACCCUUCUCUGUUGGCAAUCAUCGAUUUAUUGGAUUUGGCAGGAGAGGAAUAAGAGGCUUCACAACCAACAAUUUCGAUCACCAGAAGCUAUUAUUUCUCUCAUCACUCGUCAAAUUACGGAUCGGAUCUCUGCUUAUCGAUUGGACUCUCCUGCGAUCUCUUCGAUCAUCAUGCAACUUUGGUUCUCAACGCAAACUUGA